UAAUUUUUUCGUCCCCAUCACUCUCUUCUCCUUAAUUAAUUUCUUCACUCUAAUCUCUAUUUUUUUGAUAUUACUAUGUCUUUCUCAUCUUCCACCAUGCAAACCAUCAAACCCCACAAUUCUCCUUCUUUUUCUUGCAAAAUUCUCAUCAAUCCUACUAAGAAAAACACUAGUAGAGCUCUUCCUAUUAGACAAUUUCCACCACUUGUACCACCGUUACCGUCACCUUCAACAUUGGUUGAACCAAAGAUAUUUCCAUUAAAAAUUGAGCCACCAAAAUUGAACCCUUUACAAAAACUUGCUUCUUCCACCUUGGACAUGUUAGAAAAAUCAGUUGUAACAAAGUUGGAAAAAAAACACAAGCUGAACCCGACAGUCGACCCGGAAAUUCAACUAGAAGGGAAUUUUGCACCGGUUCAAGAAAACCCGGUUCAGCACGGUCUUGAAGUCGUUGGUCAAAUUCCAUCUACUUUAAAUGGUGUCUACGUUAGAAAUGGUGCUAAUCCAUUAUUUGAACCAAUUAAUGGCCAUCAUUUAUUUGAUGGUGAUGGUAUGAUUCAUGCUGUUAACUUGGAUUCAAGUAAUAAUAAAGCUAGUUAUUCUUGCCGGUUCACUCGAACCAGCCGGUUGGUUCAAGAAGCUGCAAUUGGCCGACCGGUUUUUCCUAAACCGAUUGGCGAAUUGCAUGGCCAUUUAGGCUUAGCUAGCGCUUUUUUUUACAAGGCCGAGGCUUUUGGUUUGGUUGAUGCAACCAAAGGAAUCGGCGUAGCUAACGCCGGUUUGGUUUAUUUUAACGGCAAACUUUUAGCUAUGUCUGAAGAUGAUCUUCCUUAUAGCGUUCGAGUUACAGCUGAUGGUGAUCUAGAAACUGAUGGACGUUACAAUUUUGACGGACAAAUUGAUGAUCCAUUAAUAGCACAUCCUAAAGUGGACCCCGUUACAGGGGAACUAUAUACCUUGAGUUAUAAUAUAUUGAAAAAACCUUUCCUUAAAUUCUUCAAGUUUGACACGUGCGGUAAUAAGUCACGUGACAUUUCUAUUUCCCUCCAAGAUCCAUCCAUGAUCCAUGACUUUGCCAUCACAGAAAAUAACGUGAUAAUUCCAGAUUAUCAGGUUGUGUUCAAGUUAUCCGAGAUGUUACGGGGCGGGUCACCCGUAAUCCACGACCCGAAUAAGAUUUCUAGGUUCGGUGUGUUGUCGAAAGACGACCACGAUGAAUCAAGAAUUCGAUGGAUUGACGUUCCCAAUUGCUUUUGCAUGCAUUUGUGGAACGCGUGGGAGGAGAAAAAUGAGGACUACGAUGAAACCAUUGUGAUUAUAGGGUCGUGUAUGAGUCCACCAGAGUCUAUUUUUUCAGGGAGUGAUGAACCGUUAAAAAGUGAACUAUCUGAGAUUCGAUUAAACUUGAGAACUGGUGAAUCAACUCGACGAGUUAUAGUAUCAGGGAUGAACCUAGAAGCAGGACAAGUCAACAAGAAUAAACUUGGUCAAAAAACUAAGUAUGCAUUCAUGGCCAUAGCCGAACCAUGGCCAAAAUGUUGUGGCCUAGCGAAAGUCGAUUUGGUCACGGGAAAUGUCACGAAAUUUUUAUACGGAGAUGAAAGAUUUGGGGGGGAACCCUAUUUCGUGCCAAGCAAGAAAGAAGGAGAAGAAGAUGAAGGGUACAUUAUGAGCCAUGUUAGAGAUGACAGGAAAGAAGAGUCUGAAUUAGUUAUAGUUAAUGCUGCAAAUAUGAAGCAAGUGGCCUCAGUAAAAAUACCUACAAGAGUGCCAUAUGGGUUUCAUGGUACAUUCGUUAGUUCACAAGAUUUAUGUAAUCAAUCUUCUUCUUGUUAAUACAAUUAUAAAGUUAGUUAUUAAUAGUUAAAGUUUCAAACAUGAAGCAAAGUGUCCUCUAUGAAAAGGAGUGACAUAUUGAUUUCAUUGUAUAUAUCCGUUAAAAUAUGGUUGAUGAGAUAUAUAACCUUUUUAUUAAUAUGAAUAUAAUUUUAAUAUACAUAAUU